AUGGCGACUCCCUCGUCCAGGCAGAACCCAGGGGCGACCCCUACACACCUCACCUCGUCCCCGCAUCCAUCGGCAGUCUCCAUGGGUCGCGGCCUGUCGCAUAAAUCUCCCUCGACAAAGACUCCCUCAGGAUCUGGCCCGGGCCAUGGAUUACAACAACAACAACAACAACAACAACAACAACAACCCAGCUCCUUUUCAUACCAGGGCGCCACCCCAUUAGCGGCAGCAGUGGCCUUGGAGGAUCCUGUGUCGUUCAGCUCGCCUUCGGCUCUCCUCGCGCUCGGCAGCUUCACCGGCAUGAGCCCCGCCAUGAAUGUGCAAGAAGGGCUGGUGGGCUCUGGCAUGAACGAAAGUGAUAUCCAAGCGCUGGGGCUCGGACUAGGCGGGGGAGGAAGCGCGCGCAACCACGAGGAAGAGCGAAGGAAACAUAUUGAGGUAGUGGAGCAGCUGCUCCGGGAGAGAGUGUCUGGUAGAGGCGUGAGCCGCGAAGCUGUUGAGAGGUUGGGCCAACUCGAAGGGUUUGAAUCUAUAUGGCAAGAGAAUAGCCUCAGCAUUGCAGGGAAUUCGGUGGACCUGGAGAUUGAAUUCUACCCUGGAGAAGACAACGUCAAGGACGUCAGCUUGAGUUAUGCUUCUCCCGAAGUUGAAGGGGAGGGUGAAAGACGCGACGAAGCGACGGCGAUUGUGAAGGGUGAUUUGAUGCAGACACUGGAGGAACGGGAAAAUGGGAUUUGGAAACCGCUAUGGGGGUUUCAUGAGAACCUCGCCAGACUGGCAAGGUUAGACAAACUGAGCCAAGAAGUGAAUUGCUUUGAGGCGGUAGAAGGUCUUUUUGAAAGUCUACAAAAGGUCUGGGAGGCCGAAGAGAAGCGGGACUCGUACCGCGAUACCUACGAGCAUUCAUGUCGGGGAUCGGUCGGUCGGCCUAAUUUGCACAGGGCAGGUCGAGUUGGAAUGGGCUUGGAGUACUGGGUCGAUGAUCAUCGGCUGUUACAUACAAAUACAUCCCCGGAUGCGAUGGCUGUUGACGGGAGUGAUCACAACACAGAAGGCCUAAAAACACGGAGUGCUACAAUUGAGUGUGAAGCUGGAUACCCUUCCCUGCGGAUCUCGAAGGAAUGGGUCGCUGGCGACAUAUUGACAACGAUUGAUGCGCCGGAUGAUUCUUCUGGCCCCGAAACUAUUGUCAACUGGACAGAACCUCCGCCGACCCUACACUCAUCAGCGAAUGGACUUGAUUCUGGCAUGGGAGGCGGCGGCACACCGAAUCGGCGGUUUGUCGCAAAGUUGGACCCUCCUGUUGACGUGCCACUUUUGGUUGCAAACGACAUCUAUCGGAAUCUCGGGAUGCAGGUGCCGCAGGAGUACCGGACGACGACAUACGAUGCCUUGCUCGUUAACGGAUGGACACGCGGGACAACGGAAAGCACAUCGGCAUCGUCGGAUACUCUCGAGUCUGUGCGAAGACGACGACAGGCGACUGUUUUAUCAUUUAAUGCGGAAAACGAACCGGUCCAAAACGGGCACAGCUAUUCGUUCCAGGCAUUUGAGGCUGCUCCGGGAAGAGUCAUACGCGAAUUUCCGUUUUCUCAUCCACGACAGCUAGCAGAAAUAUUUCCAAUACUUCGGCAGUAUGGCCUACUGGCAACACUUAUCCGAAAGUUAUUCCCACCAGUCAAGGGCGGGGGUAAGACGAAUAUAACUCCGCAGUUGUCAUCCGAGACAUCCAAAACCAUGUCGAUGUACCAGGAGAAAACACGUACAGACGAUCAUAUCACAGUUCUUAGCAAUAACGAUCCGGACGAAGAGUUACUGGAUCGUCUACUGGGGUCCGCCAAUAGCGACACUGGGCUGGAAGGAGAAAAGGCGAACAACAAGGAUGUUAGCGUCGACAUUACGCUACGUACCCAAGUAGCGCAGCCGCCUCUGAUUAUGCUGCUCAUCACUGUGCCCGAGUCGCGAACGAAGAGCUCAGCAGGUCCCGAGUUGCAGAAUGUGUCGGUUGAUUUGGAGAUCCGACUGAACGGGCGGGUGAAAGUGACGCAAGUGUCUGGAUUGAGCGAGAACGACGCUGCGAUUUCUAAGCGGCUCAAUCGCGUUUUGGAGGUGUCGGAAGAUCUGGGGGUUCUUGUCGAGUACGUGAUAGGCCAGUUGCAAGGAGCCUGA